UUCCCUCAGUUCAUGAACGGCAUUCGAACGGUUCGGAUUGUUUUGGUUUUGUUUCUUUUCGAGAAGAAGCGCGUAGAACACACAAGUCGGCCCGUCGUCGUCGUCGUCGUUGUUGUUGUUAUCACUCGGACACGUGGUUCCCCGCGAAUCGGUAUAGAUCAACAAUCUAUGUUUGUCGCGAGCAGAUCGCGGUUUCGGUUGCACUGUUUGCGUUUUGGAUGGGAGUGACACAUUUUAAGGUUGUGGAUUUGACGGUGUCUGUGACGUAGUCGCUGAAUCAAGCAAAAUUCACAGUACCACCCGUUAGCAAUGUUGGAGUAAAUUGUUUGCUGUUCUGUGCAUUUUAAUUUUGGACCGGCUGUAUCUUAUCUCGACGUGUUUGGAAACCACUUUGAUUUCUGUGUAUCAGAAAGGUGUGAUAGCAGGUGCCAGUUAUCGUUGAAUAGAGUUGUCAACCGAUCGAUGCAAUGUGGUGUUCAAGUCCGAGCAGCAGCAGCAGUAGUGAUGAUCGCCGGUGAAGGGCAAAAGUGGUGCUAGAGAAGUGUGAACAUGAAGACUUGAACGCGGCUGGAACAUGUGCGAAUUAGUUUCACAGUGAGGAAGCUUGCAUAACAUUGCGCGCGAAAAUUGCUUCCCGGCGCGACGUGAACAAAGCAGUGCCAAAAAUAUCGCGAAUUUAAUGGACUGAGGUUUAGCUAGGAAUAAACAUGAAGUACAAAUUUAACAAUGAAAGCAACCUGCUGGUUGUGCUAGUUGGUUGCGUUUUAGUGGCCAUAGUUAGUGGCGAUAUCGGUGCCGGCAGUGUUCCGGCUGCACUGACGCUGAAGGAACAGUCUUGCUGUCAGGAUGGAGACGUGUUAUCUCUGGCGCUUCACGGUUGCUUCAACCAAUCGGCAAACGCCACCUACAAGGUGGUGCUGAACUGUACACAGCAUUAUUUUAUCUAUCAGGAUCUGGAGGUGGAGGUGCACGUGGACUCACGGGGUGCGUUGGUGGACGGCAACUACGAUGUCGAUUGGGCGGACUACUGCUCGGCCACCCUGCUGGAUGGGGAUGAUACGCAGCCGGCGUUCAUGGUGUGCUUCAACAACGACGGGUACGCAUCGAGCCUGUCGUUCUACUUCAGCAAAGGAAUUAUGAUGCUAAUCUCGGUGUUCUUCCUGGCCGUUACGCUGUACAUCUAUUUCCUCAUCCCGGACCUGCGGGAGACCCAGGACAAGGUUACAUCGAUUGCCGUCAUCUGUCUAAUGAUGUUUAUGCUGUUGUUGAGUGUGGUGCAGCUGCGGACCUCCAUUACCUACAGCUCUCUAUGCACGGUGAUAGCGUUCCUGAUGUACUUCUUCCUGAUCAGCUACUUUGCCUGGCUGAACGUCGUAAUGGCCAACGUGUGGAAGUUGACAGUGGCACGGCAGUGGAAAAUUAAGGAGCGCGCAUGGUAUAUCCUUAAUCACAUCUAUGCGAAUACGGUGGCCCUCACGCUGACUGCAAUGGUGUACGUGUAUCAUUCGCGGAAUGCUACCUUUGGGGAGAUAUCCUGCUGGUUCCGAACGGAACGGGAACAGUCCUACUUCGUCUAUCUGCCACUGAGCGUAAUGCUGAGCAUCAACAUCUUCCUCUUCGUUUGGACCAGCUACCAUCUGCAUACCAGCGGGGACGACAUUAGCCCGGACCGAAAGAAGGCACUGAGAUACAAAUGCAUGCUCUACUUGAGAUUAUUUUUACUGGCCGGUCUAAUCUGGAUAUUCGAAAUCAUUUCUUUCCACGUCGAGGAUGGUCAUCUAAGCCGGUCUUGGUUCUGGAUUCUCAUCGAUUCGAUAAACUGCCUGCACGGGGUGCUGAUCUUCUUUGUGCUGAUCGUAUGGCGGCAGCGUAUCAAGCGGGAGCUUUCCGGCCGGCGGAUAUUAUGCUUCCGUGGUCCAGCCAGUUGGUCGCAGCUGAAAGAUGACGAACAGGAACAGCUCGCCGAUGAAGACCGAGAGUACGGAAAGUACGACCUAAUCAUCAAGUGAAAAGAACAGACAUAAUCCACUCCAUCGAGAUAGGAUUUGACGUGUUCGAGUAGUAGUAGUAGCAGCAGCAGCAGCAGGAACCGAAGUUUAACACAGGCGCAGUGACUUAUUUUAGCGGUAGUACUUUAACAUGUUUGACAUACACACCAAUGAAAUCGUUGAUAGCUUUUAAAAUUGCUUCAUUGUAUGCCUUUGAUUAAGAACUAAAAUAGCUAAGACAUUUAUUCACACGUUAAAGAAUUUGAAUUUUAGAUUUGCAAGCAAAUCAGUAACAGCUGAAUUACAAAACGUUACUAGAAAA